GAGAGCAAGAGAAGCGAAGUGAAACGAUGAGAUCUCUCUUGUUUCGCACCGCCAUUCCCGCGCUCCAUCUCUUCUCCCCCAAAACCCUAACCCUAACCCUAACCCUAGUUCCUCUUCUCCCUCGCUCCUUCUCCUCGAAAUCACCUCCAAUGGCAAGCUCCAAAGACGAACCUCCAUCUUCCUCUUCUUCGCUGUCCAUUGAGAAGCAGUUCGAGGGGUUUCGAGCUCAUCUCGAGGAUUCCAACAGCCUCCGCGACCGCAUCCGUGCUGUGGCUGUGGAAAUGGAGUCAGCCACUCGGAUUUUGUAUUCUAGUCUCCUCCUUGUCCAUCAAUCCCUCCCAAUCUCAGAGGUUUUGGUGAAGGCUGCGAGGCAGAUUGAGGUGCUUAAGGGGCAUUAUGGAAGGCUUGCGGAGAUUCUUCUUGAAUGCCCUGGGCAGUACUACAGGUAUCAUGGAGAUUGGAGGAGUGAGACUCAAACAGCGGUGUCGUUACUUGCGUUCUUGCAUUGGUUGGAGACUGGCAAUCUUCUCAAGCAUGAGGAAGCAGAGAAGAAGCUUGGAUUGGGUGUUUCUGAAUUUGGUCUUGACAUUGAAGAUUAUUUGAUAGGAAUAUGUUUCAUGUCCAAUGAACUGCCGAGGUAUGUGGUGAAUCAAGUAACUGCAGGCGAUUAUGAUUCUCCAAAGAAGGUGUUGAAGUUUUUGACUGAUCUCCAUGCUGCAUUUCGAAUGCUUAAUCUUCGAAACGAUUUUCUACGUAAAAAGUUUGACGGCAUGAAGUAUGACUUGAGAAGAGUCGAAGAAGUUUUCUAUGAUGUCAAGAUCCGAGGCCUGGCUCCAGUCGAGACUGCCGAAGAACAUUCAAUGCAAACUUAAUGAUGUUUGUAUACUGCUGUUGCAUUUUGAUUCAGAAAUGUCGGUCUUCGAUUUUGAUCAAACCAAAUCUCAUGAACACAUAACUGAUGAAGAUGGACCUUGUUUCAUGCAUCAACAAUAGACUGGUACUUUCACUGAAUGCAUCUGAUGAAACCUGUUUAUGACUCAAUUUCUCAGAACCUGAAUGUUCUUGGGCCAAAUCCAUGUAAUGCAAUUCCUGUUGUAGUAGUUUGUGAUGAAAACAGCUGCUUAUUAUUAUUAUUAUUAUUAUUUUGGCUUCGUUGUUUAUGUUAUACUUGCCCUCACUAGAAAAAUUGUGAAAUUUUUUUUAAUUCCUCAACUUUUUAUGAAUACCUUGUUUAUGUUA